GCUUGCUCAGUUCAUCCAUACAGGCACCACCCUCUGCCCCACUACAACCGCCGACAGACAUCCAUCACUUGGCGCUUGACUACCAGACCAUCUUUCUCUCGGAUCAACGGGCGGACGAUUGAAUUGAAAUACAGUUCAAAAUGUUGUUGCUAGACUAUCAAAAUGUACUGAUACAAUCGGUGCUCACAGAGCGUUUCUCUGGAGCGCCGCCCGUGUCCAUCGACCAGACUGUAUCCGACUUUGACGGCGUCAUCUUCCACAUUUCUACCCCCGAGACAAAGACCAAGAUCAUGGUGUCGAUCCAGAUCCGCUGCUUCAAGGACCUGGUGCGCUACGGCGCCGAGGAGGUGCUCAAUCGUGAAUACGGGCCCUACGUCGUUCCCCCGGAGCCAGGAUAUGAUUUCUCAAUUGUGGUGGACCUAGAGAGUUUGCCUACGGACAAGGAGGCACGGGACGAGCUGGUCAAGAAGAUCUCGCUGCUGAAGCGCAACGCCAUGGCCGCACCCUUUGAGCAGGCCUACGAGGAGCACUACCGUCUCAAGCAGGAGGCUUCCAAGUUCACAUCCGAGGAGGCUCCACAGGGCGUGCGCGAGGGCGGCGAGGUCAAGGCGAUCCACUACCGCGAGGAGGAGGCUAUCUACGUUAAGGCGAGCCACGACCGUGUCACCGUUAUCUUCAGUACCGUCUUCAGGGAAGAAACGGACCGCGUGUUUGGCAAGGUCUUUAUCCAGGAGUUUGUCGACGCGCGCCGGCGAGCUAUCCAGAAUGCGCCCCAAGUACUGUUUCGUAACGACCCGCCCCUGGAGCUACAGGGCGUCCCGGGGGUCAAGAAUACUGGCACUGGCGAGAUCGGUUAUGUUACCUUUGGUAGGUGGACCUAUUUAAGAUGUGGCAGAGCCUGCGUACUAAGAGGGACAGUACUUUUCACGCGGCAUCUCACCCCCCAGCGGAUGCCCGACGUCAUCUCGCAUAUCCAGACCUUCCGCGACUACUUUCACUACCAUAUCAAGGCUUCCAAGGCGUAUAUUCACUCCCGUAUGCGACGGCGGACGGCGGACUUCCUCCAGGUCCUCCGCAGAGCCAGACCAGACCACGAGGAGAAGGAGCGCAAGACAGCAAGCGGGAGGACUUUCAAGGUUGGGAGCUGAGGCGUUCUUGCAGCGUUUUGCAGGAGUGGCCAUGGCCUCAUGUCGGCGCGUUGUGCAUAGGCGCCAGCCGAAGGCGAAGACGGUAGCUCGCGGUACAAAUGCAAUGAGGUUAUUGCCGUGCAUAGGUACCGUUUAUCAACGCCGAAAAGGAAGCACAUGGGGUAAACAGUCUC